AUGUCGAUCCCUACAAAGCGUGCUUGUGAUGCUUGCCAUCGUCGUAAGGUCCGUUGCAAUAGUCGUCAGCCAUGUGGGAAUUGCAGUCAAGCCGGGCUGUCAUGCACCUACGAUGCUAUCCCCCAGAAAAAAGGCCCUAAGGGCAGCAGAGCCAAAGUCAUAUCCGAGCUCAGAGAGACGCAGAAGCAGUCAGACCUUACUUCCAUGAUGCUGCAAGACGGCAAGGACAGCUAUGGAAGUCCUCCACAAUCACCCACACAAUACGCCAGAGCUUCCGGCCUCCUGACCCAUGAGCUCAUUGAAGGCUGCACCGACUUCUUCUUUACGCAAAUGUAUCCUACGAUGCCUAUUUUGUAUAGAGAUCAAAUACGGCAUGCUGUCGGCGAGAUGGGUCACUCCGUCGAAUCAUACUGCCUCAUCACGUCGUUCUUGGCCUUCAUGCUCAUCCAGCCUGGUAUCGUACUGAAGACGGGCCACCUCAUGGACCAGCCGGCUGGCUCAGUUACUAACCCAAGAAUGGGUUCUGUAUUAAUGGAGGAAGCUAUUCGCGUACGCAAGGGCUAUGACUAUGUCGAGAGCCCGACUGUCAAUACAGUCAUCUCUUCAUUUUUCCUCUUCGGCUGCUCUUUCGGCCUCAACAAGCACAACACCGCCUGGUUUCAUCUGAGAGAAGCAACAGCAUUAGCCCAGAUCCUGGGCAUGCAGGACGAGAACACGUAUAUGUUCGACAACGUAAUCGAGACGUCAAGGAAAAGACGACUCUUCUGGCUACUAUUCGUGACAGAAAGAGCAUACGCAUUGCAGAAACAUCGGCCACUGACUCUGCACGCCACGAUCAGUCUUCCGACAGUAGAUCAAGAUCCAACGAAUUAUUCUCUUGCGGGCUUCAUCUACCUGGUGAACCUCUACCGACCAUUCGACGACAACUUCAUCGGGCUUUGGAACAAGUCCAGAACAGAUUGCUCUCCCCUAACCCUCGCUCGGCUACAACAGCAGCUCACAGAAGCUUUGCCCCAGUUCCUAAAUACGACCGAGAGCCAAGCGGCAGACCUGCGGACGUCUCAACAAUGGCUUCGCACAAUGGUCUGGCAGCUUUCCAUCGCCAACGGGUUCCUCUCUUCAACGUCGCCGGAUACCUCAAUGACGUUCAGAUUCCCCAUUGAGAUUGCUAAAGAUCUCGUAGAGGUCACACGCCAAUUCUCAAAACAGUCUAUGGAAGUCCACGGCAUCGGCCUCAUCGAAAAAGUCUUCGACGUAGCCUGCACCCUCAUCGACGUUAUGUCGUGCGUCCCCCUCGAGUCCCGCAAAUUCGAGCCCGGCCCGCAAGAAUACCUCAACUCCCUGCUCACCCUCAUCUCCACUUUGCGCGGCGGCGAGUCUCGCUUCGUGCCUCUGGUGAUGGCUAAAAUACGUGAUACGCUGCCAGCUAUUGGCAGCCUGUUGCCACAGCUCCUGAUUGAAAAGUACAAUGGAUCGGGACACCUUGGCAAGCGCGCUGAGCGAUCUGGGCAACAGGUGGAAUUCAAGCAGGAAAAUAGUGGCGGGUCGAGCAGUGCGGGGAGCAGUCCGUUUGAGACACCACCAUUUAUGCAUUACUAUCCGCUGAACUGA